AUGGUGCUAAUCAUAGCACUCCUGUAUCUUCUCGCAUGGGGGUCUGUCGCGAGAGCCGCGCCCCUCGACGCCCAGACGUCUAUCUACGCAGAGGGCGACACGUCCGGCUGCGGCCAGGACCAUCUCUUUAACGGCAUCACCAAGUACUACAGCAUCCAGAGUGGAGGACGCGCAAGAACGUAUUCCGUUCACGCCCCUAGCAGUUACUCCAAGUCUACUAAGUAUCCGCUAAUUGUCGGUUUCCACGGGUCGGACAGCAUAGGUCUAUUCUUCGAAGCCGAUACCCGGCUAGAUGAGCCCCAGUACACAGCCAACAAGAUAAUGGUGUACCCCGACGGCGUCGAUGGAGCUUGGGCUGGCGCAAGCUACUCUACCGUCGCUGUGGCAGAGGAUGUGCAGUUCGUGCAUGAUCUGCUCGCAGACGUACGUCAACGAUACUGCAUUGACAGCGCUCGCAUAUAUGCCACUGGCAUGUCUAACGGGGCCGGUUUCAUCGGAGCUCUUGCAUGCAAUGACACAGUCGGUGGCGAAUUUGCGGCCUAUGCGCCAGUCGCCGGAGCUUUUUAUACUGAUGCUAACGGCACCGGCUGCACGCCGGCUCGCAGUCCUCUACCUAUCAUGGAGUUUCACGGCGGGAGCGACGCUUCGGUUUUGUAUGAUGGCGGGCAAGGCGAGGGAGGCUACGAGCCUCCGAUUCCUACGUGGCUGGGCUACUGGGCAGAUCGAAACGGCUGUCAAAGUCCCCCAUCAAACGACUCUAGCUUCAAUGACGACGUUCACCAUUUGACAUGGACGUGUCAGGGCCUAUAUGGAGCUUUACAACAUUACAAGGUUGACGACAUGAAGCACCAGUGGCCAUCAGAAGACAUUAACUUCUCCCAGAUCGCUGCUGGGGGUUUGCCUACCCACAUAGAGGCGAGCAGCAUCAUUCAAACAUUCUUUGACAAUUUCACGAGACCGGCAUAA